CUCGCAUUCUCUCAUGGAGCCAAGAUGGCCGACACAGGAACCGGCGGCUCCAACAGCUCGGGCACGCGGUCAGGUGGCAAACACUCAACAACCCCAGCAGACAAUUACUAUCUGGCUCGAAGAAGGACCCUCCAGGUAGUGGUCAGUUCACUGCUGACAGAGGCUGGGUUUGAGAGUGCUGAGAAGGCUGCUGUAGAAACCAUGACGGAGAUGAUCCAGAGUUAUAUUUCAGAAAUAGGGAGGAGUGCAAAAUCUUUCUGUGAACAUACUGCAAGGACUCAGCCAACCCUUUCAGAUAUUGUUGUCACCUUAGUGGAAAUGGGAUUUAAUGUGGAAAACCUCCCUGCUUAUGCCAAACGGUCCCAGCGGAUGGUGAUCACUGCACCGCCUGUAACUAAUCAGCCUGUGACCCCAAAGGCCCUGAUAGCGGGACAAAACAAGCCUCACCCACCCCACAUCCCAUGCCAUUUCCCAGAAUUCCCAGAUCCUCACACUUACAUCAAGACACCGACUUACCGGGAACCUGUCCAGGAUUACCAGAUCCUACGAGAGAAGGCUGCCUCCCAAAGACGAGAUGUUGAAAGAGCUUUGACUCGCUUUAUGGCAAAGACAGGAGAGACACAGAGCCUUUUCAAGGAUGAUGUCAGCACCUUCCCUUUGAUAGCUGCCAGGCCUUUUGCCAUACCCUAUUUGACAGCUCUGCUUCCCUCUGAAUUGGAAAUGCAGCAGAUGGAGGAGACAGAUUCAUCCGAACAAGAUGAUCAGACGGACACAGAGAACCUCCCAAUUCAUGAUGACUCAGGAGCUGAGAAGGAGAAUGCGUCAGUACUACAGCACAACACAUCCAUGACGGGCAGCCGAAAUGGAGAGGAAAACAUGAUAGACAAUCCCUACCUCCGCCCAGUGAAGAAACCCAAGAUCCGCAGGAAGAAGUGAACUGGGGCAAACUGGCGGGGUGGACUAAAUUAGAGACCGCCGU